CACCACCCCGCCAAUCAGCGCGCUCGCUGUGCUUUCGCGCUGGGAGCGGUGAGCGCCGUCCGCGCCUGCGCCGAGAAGCCGGCGCGGGGAGCGCAGGGGCUGGUGCUAAAAUGGCGGAGCGCGGCUACAGCUUCUCCCUCACCACCUUCAGUCCUUCUGGAAAGCUUGUUCAGAUUGAAUAUGCUUUGGCUGCAGUAGCUGCAGGAGCUCCAUCAGUUGGGAUUAAAGCUGCAAAUGGAGUGGUGUUGGCAACUGAGAAGAAGCAGAAGUCCAUUCUGUACGAUGAAAGGAGCGUCCACAAAGUAGAACCAAUUACCAAACAUAUAGGUUUAGUGUACAGUGGUAUGGGUCCAGAUUACAGAGUACUUGUGCACAGAGCUCGGAAGCUGGCCCAACAGUAUUACUUGGUUUAUCAUGAGCCCAUUCCAACAGCUCAGCUAGUACAGAGAAUUGCCUCUGUGAUGCAGGAGUACACACAGUCUGGUGGUGUUCGUCCCUUUGGUGUAUCACUGCUAAUAUGUGGCUGGAAUGAAGGGCGGCCGUAUUUAUUUCAGUCGGAUCCAUCUGGAGCUUAUUUUGCCUGGAAAGCAACAGCAAUGGGAAAAAAUUACGUCAAUGGGAAAACAUUUCUUGAGAAAAGAUACAAUGAAGAUCUGGAGCUUGAAGAUGCCAUUCAUACUGCUAUCUUAACACUAAAGGAGAGCUUUGAAGGGCAAAUGACAGAAGACAACAUUGAAGUUGGCAUCUGUAAUGAAGCUGGUUUUAGGAGGCUCACUCCAACUGAGGUUAAGGACUACUUGGCUGCAAUAGCCUAGUAGAAACCAAGCUAGACUGUGGUUCACACAAAGGUCUUUUUAAUUUUGGCUACUUAAAUGUUUUUCUUUGCAGUUUUUGCAUACUUAUUUCUACAUGGUUUGUCUGAGAGAUUUUUUAAACAUCAUGGGUGCAAAUACAACGGUCCUUGAUAUUGUAAUACAUGGAAUCUUGUUAAAGAGAAUUUUUUCCCUUGAUACACAAAAUACUGUACAAACUGUAAAGUUAUAGUGACAGCUUGAAAAAGGCUAAAGAAUAAAAUCAGAGGCCAUUGUUUUGGGGGAA